UAACAAUGCAAGUAACAGAAGCUACAAAUUAUGAAUUAAUCUUAGGAGUAGAUUGGUUAAGAGCUAUCAAUGGAGUCAUAUCCAUUGGAGAAAAGAUUUUGACCACUACCGCCUAUGGAACAACCAAUAAACAUCCUAUAAAAAUAGAAAAGAAGCCUAAUAUCAUUAAACAACCAGGGGAUGAAGAAUAUGAAGAAGAAUCUAUUCAAGAAGAAUUUGCUUUCUUAAAUAAAAUAAUAACGGACCAUAAACCAGAACAAAUGGUGAGAACAUUCACGAGUAUGGAAUGGGAGGACCUAGAGGAAGAACAGAAACCAACUAUCAAUAGAGAAUUAACAUUGAAGCAACAACAGAAAUUGGAUAAAUUUCUGCAAAAACAUGAAGACAUGUUUGCAGGAGGAUUAUAUGAAUUAGGUCAUACCCAAGAAGAA